AUGGCGGAUGCCAAUUUGAGACAUGUCAGCAGAGAGUUGAACAGGGAGCCUCCUCAAGAAUGCCUGCGUGUGCGACUUGAUGAUACCUGUCACAAUUUGAGCCCUGACCGCCAUGACCAUGCCCACUCUCUUCCCUGCGACGGAAGCCGACGAGGUUGGGAUGUGGAUUCGUCGGAAGUUUCGCGUCCAGAAAAGCGACACCAGCAGCAGUUAUCAGAGUCCAAGUGCUCCCCGUGGAUGUUACAGCUGAAGUCCAAGUCGUUCCUACCUCUGAGCUUUGAGCCUUCCCCGCCGUUUUACGCCAAUCCCAAAGGAGAAGUCCUCCGGCUUCCGCCCCGUACCUUACCCCACACAUCAAGCAUGGCCGCGAAGAGGGAGCGAGUCGACAGUAUCAGCAAUGCCACUGACGAACCCAAACCCAAGCGCAAGUCGAGCAAGAAACAUGCCACUCCAGCGCCAGUACCGUCCAAGGAAUCGGAAUGUUUCGAGGCUGCGGCUGCUGGCAUGGCCAACGUGAGGCCGCCGCCGCCAAUUCCGCAGACUCCGAUCAAGAUCGAAAAGCAAGACGAAAAGAAGACAUCCAAGAGCGACAAGACCACGGGCAAAGAGAAGGAGAAGGAAAAGGCAAAGGCAGCCGUUCAAUACGCAGCGACAACGGCAAAGCCCAAAACAACGCCUCUCCGGGUCGACGUCGCUCCUGUUCCUGCAUCGGCAACCGUCAAUGCAACACCGACUGCUGCCACCAAAUCUGCCAAGGACGUCGAGAGCAAGCGGAUUUCUCAGCCAGCUCGUUCAUCCGCUGUCAUCGACAUAGGAAGCAGCGAGUAUGACGAAGACGAAGACGACGACGAUGAUAGCGACGACAGCGACGACGCAAGCACCGACAGCGACGAUGAAGGCUCGGAUCAUAGUGGGGAUGAGGAGCAAGAGGAGCAGGAGAAGGGGAAUAUCAAGCAAGAAACCACUGGAUCGAGCGACGAGCAAUGCGAGAUUCCUACCUUUCCCACGGCAGUCGUGGCGGCAGACUCUUCCAAGGUCGCACCAGAUGCUUCUUCCGACCUCUGCAACAAGGAGAAGACCAUCAGCUCUGCUCUUCGGGGUUGCUUUGACGAAGCCGACCACUACCUUCGACUUUUGAUCCAUGUGCGUCUCACCUCCGAGGCCAUCCUGCCGGCACUUCGGGAGAUGAUCUUUCACUGGUUAGAUUGUGGAUUCGACAUUGACGCCAUUCGGGGAGCAUUCCAAGAGCCUCAAAUCGUCAAGCAGCUGCAAGAGCGUGGGGCGACAUCGAUGCGUCUACAAGACCUUUCCGAGCUGUUGCAGGAAGCUGACCUCGUCGAGCACUUCGCGUCUUGGCUGAAGAGGAAGAUGCCCGACGUAAAGAUCCGUCGGCAAGUUUGCGCGCUACUUGUCCCUCCCCAGCCGGAUCAUUGCAAGGGUAGCAGCGAGUCAAUUGCCCCCUCGAAGUCCGCUCCCCGGACUGAAACGCCUCUUUCCACUAAACCUGGUCCCAACGUCCAUCCCGAGCGGAUCGGUAAUGUCGGCGCUGACCACAUGUCCCAUCCUCCGGCGCGUCACCCGGGCCGCGACAGCUACAGGCCGGGUKAUACAGGCUCCUCACGCAGUGGUUCCUCACGCAGUGGUUCCUCACGCAGUGGUUCCAAUUUCGAUGCCCGUGCUGGUACUACUGAGCCACAGCGAUCUUUCAAACAUGGCCGCGCUGACGACAGGCGGACCAGAAGCCACAACAACGGCCGCUCGCCCGUUCACAGUGUCCCAUACGUCAAGAUAGGUGACGCUCCCAAGGUACUACUUUUCAUCGUCGGGACACCAUACACUGCCCUGACCAACUCCGACUUCAACGCUCAUGACUUUCGCAGCGCAUGUAACUACGUCUUUGGAGCCAGCAAUGUUAAAAGUGUAAGCAUAUGCUCCAAGAACGUCUGGAAAGUGACCUUCAAUGACCUGGCWCCCGAUUCCUUCCGCGCCGCUGUCUUUUACCAACAUUGCACACUUUAUCCGCAAGAGGCCGUCUCCCCUGCUCCGGAUACGUUCUUCUCCGAUUGUUCCGGCAUCGAGAUGGCCGACACAGCAACCUUUGAGAGCAUCGCCGGCGUUUUCGGGACACGUGCUGGGAGUGUUCAUCGGCUUGAGCAAGGCAACAAGAGGUACAUCAUUGUACACUUCAAAUACGCUCCCGAUUUCUUACGAUUCUACGCCCGACUCCCAUUCAAGAACGCCUCCGGGUUCAUGCCAGCUUUUCUGCCCUGUCACCAGGGAGGCAGGACAUGUUCGUUGUGUCGAGUGCGGCACUACGAAGCAGUCUGCCCCGCCGCCACACCUUUGUACUCGUCGACAGUUUCACCUCGUUGA